UACAAGAGGGAGCUGCAAGAUGUUCUGGUUAAUUUUUCUGUGCUCAAACCACUUGCACAAUUGAAAACUAAAUGUUUAAAAAAACAAAAUUAUAAAUUAACUAGUAUUGAAUAUUUUUUUGACGAAUGGAACGUUGAAAAAAAUCGGAAGAAACCAAAUUUGCUUGGGCUGUACGUAUUGAAACAAGUAAAACUAUGGCAGCAACAGAUGUAGAAAAAAAACAUGGACAUGGGGGUGGUGAUUUGGCUGGAAUAAGGAACUUAAACCUACAAGGACAUGUAGGAUUUGACAGUCUUCCUGACCAGUUGGUCAAUAAAUCAGUUCAGCAGAAAUUUACAUUCAAUGUACUUUGUAUUGGAGAGACUGGUUUAGGAAAGUCUACAAUGAUGGAUUCUCUGUUCAACACCACAUUUGAUUCUCAGCAAAAUAGUACACACUCUUUCCCAAAUGUUCGAUUGAAAUCAAAGACAUAUGAACUUCUUGAAAGCAAUGUUGAUUUGAAGCUGACCAUUGUUGAGACUGUGGGGUAUGGAGAUCAAAUCAAUAAAGAUAAUAGUUUCCAAGCUAUUGUUGAUUACAUUGACACACAGUUUGAGAACUACCUACAAGAGGAAUUAAAAAUCAAACGUUCUCUCUCAACAUAUCAUGACACACGAGCCCAUGCUUGUCUCUACUUCAUAUGUCCUACAGGACAUGGGUUGAAGUCUAUUGACUUGGUGUGUAUGAAAAAAUUGGACAGCAAAAUAAACAUUAUCCCAAUUAUUGCUAAAUCAGAUACCAUAUCUAAAACUGAGUUACAGCGGUUCAAAAUAAAGAUUAUGAGUGAACUUGUCAGUAAUGGUGUACAAAUAUACCAGUUUCCAACAGAUGAUGAAACUGUAGCAGAAACAAAUUCAUCCAUGAAUAAUCACAUACCUUUCGCUGUUGUGGGUAGUACUGAGUUUACAAAGAUAAACAACAAAAUGAUUAGAGCAAGACAGUAUCCCUGGGGCACUGUUCAAGUGGAAAACGAGAACCACUGUGACUUUGUAAAACUUCGGGAGAUGCUUAUAAGGAUCAACAUGCAAGACAUGAUGGAGCAAACCCACACUCAUCAUUAUGAGUUGUAUCGCAGGAUGAGAUUAGAGCAGAUGGGCUUCUCAGAUGUUGGUGCUGACAACAAACCAGUGAGCUUUCAAGAAACGUAUGAACAAAAAAGACAAGAACAUGUGCAGGCUCUCCAGCGAAAGGAAGAAGAGAUGAGGCAGUCGUUUGUGGUCCGUGUGAAAGAAAAAGAGGCAGAACUAAAAGAAGCAGAAAAAGAGCUUCAUACCAAGUUUGACAGCUUGAAAAAGCAACAUGCUGAAGAAAAGAAGAAGCUAGAGGAAGAAAAGAAGAGGUUGGAAGAAGAAAUUAACACAUUCAACAAAAGGAAAUUGGCAAUCAUGCAAGCCCAGACUCAACCACAGUCACACACACACACUCUUGGAAAGAGCAAAAAGAAAUGAAACGAUGAAGUUUUGGUGCAGCCAUUUGACAUUAAAAUAUUACCAACAAAGCCAAAAUAUAAGUGUACUAUUAGUUGAAUUUUUAGUUAUGUAAAGUUUUCUCAAUUCUUACUUCUUUUUUUUUAGUAUAAACAAGAUCAGGAUAUAACUUACAUUUCAGCUGCUGUAGAAUCUCUGUAAUUACAAUCUGUUUCAAAUUAACAAGCAAUAUUUCAUGGUGUAAACAUACAAUAAAUAUAAAACUGCCUUAUGAUUUAUUAUUCGUAAAUAUAAAAAAUAAUUCCUUUGGUUUCAUUAUAUUAUGUGCUAAUGUAUAUAUGAGUGUAGUGCAAAGUUUGAUCUUAUAUUUUUAACCACAUCAAUUUGAUUAUAUGUAAUUUUGAACCUUAAUGGGAUUUGUCAACCUUUGUUAAGCUCCUUCAGUUUCUUUUUUAAGUUACUUGACGUAACAUACUUCUGUAAUUGUUUAAACUAUUGCUGUAAAAGUGACUAAAAUUUGUAAUAUUUAAAAUAACGAGGAUUCUGUUAGACAGCAGUUAUUCAGGGACUCUGUUAUAAAUUUAAGGUUUCAGGUAUAAAUUGUCAGUCCGUAUUUAAAAACCUACUUACUCAUUUUCAUAACCUGUACUAUGAUUUCUGUUAUUUAAAUCCGUAAUUAAUUGUUCAGUACUAGUUCUUGAAGAAUCCAAACUGGAUUCCAACUUAUUUAGCAGAUGGUCCUGGACAUAUUCUUGAUUUCAAGUGAAAUUUUCCAAAUCCCAGACUGUUUAACUUGUACCUGGUUAAUGUAUAUGUAUAAAAUUCACAACUUUAACAUAUCAUGCCUUAAAGACAAAAUCUUUAUAGUUACACUUAUUACACAUCAUUUUACUUUAUAAGUCAUCUUGAAAAUCCUGGAUUUUUCCACACAUUUCCCUGACCUAGAUUUUCAUCUACUCGUACUAGUGACUUUAAAAUUAGAAAUUUGAAUUGUUGGUAUGCUAAUUUUGAUAAUAAAAACAUCCAAAAGCUGAGUAGAGAAAAUUUUGAUGAUUU